AUGGCCCUGGAUGUUGUCUCCGUGGUCCCCCUCUACCAAGGCAUCGACAUCAGCAAACUCAAGCUGAUGGCAGCAGAGGCAGCCAGCAGCAAGCCGGCCUCCCCUGUCAGAUUCUUUGGCCCCGCCAGGACCAAACUCACCACCAUUGAGACCAAGAGGAUCAUGUCCGUCAUGGACGAGGCCAUCUGCAAAGUGGAGAUGGUCACCCUGCUGUCCGACGCGGUGGCCAGCCAGGACAUCCUGCAGGGCCUCCUGGGAGACGACAUCCUGAGUGAGAUAAGGCAUCACAAGGCCCUGGGCAGGGAGCUCAUGGACCAAGUCCAGAGCCUGAACGACCAGAGCAGAGAGCUGGAGGAGCUGACCGAUGAGAAGGAGAUCAGAGAGCUGCUGCUGGCCAUGGAGGAGCAGAAGGACCGCCUGGCCGCCGUGACGCAGCAGGUCAAGGACUCCACCAAGAACGUGGUGCGGCUCCUGCUCCAGACCCCGCAGGCCGCCAGCCUCCUGCAGGCCCAGGCGCUGGGCCGCAGCGAGCAAGCGCAGAAGUUCCUCGACUGCCUGGUGGAACUCCGCAGCUUCCUGUUCGAGAAGCUGCUCACCAGCCCCAUGGAGGCCAGGGACAAGGCCCAGUUCAUACAGGACAUCAACAAGCGCAACCAGAGGAACCAAGAGGCCGUCGGGGCGCUCGAGAAGGAACUGAAACAAAGCCUCAAGAGCAAGGAUUUGGAGGUGGAGAAGGAGAACUUCGUGAUCCAGGAGCUGAAAAGCCACCUGCACCAGGUGCUCAAGCUCUCGGACAGCAGCCUGCUCCGCACCAAGAAGGAGGCGGAGAAGCAGCAGAAGGCCGACUUCCGGACGUCGCAGGCACGCAUCGCCAAGAUCCAGAAGGACGUGGCCAUGCUACGCAUGCAGUACCACAACCUGGUCACAGAGAACCGGGAGCAGGAGCAGGCGCUGAGGAAGAAGAAAUACAAAGUGGAGACAGAGAUAGAGAACUGGAUCCAGAAGUACGAUACGGAGAUGAGUGAAAAGCAGGCGGAGCUGGAGGAGCUGGACGCCAUCCACAAGGAGGAGAGGGCACAGCUGGAGGAGCUGAAGAAGAAGCAGGAGGUGCUGGUGGAGGAGUUCUCCCGGAUCCGCACGGAGCAGGAGAUCAACUCCCAGAAGCGGCUGGAGGCCGAGGAGCAGAUGCUGCUCAUGGUGCGGGCGGCCACACUCAUCCAGGCCAUGUGGAAGGGCUACCUGGUGCGCUCCAUGCUCAAGUCCAAGAAGAAGAAGAAGAAGAAGCGCGGCAAGGGCAGGGCCAAGGGCAAGAAGUGA